AUGGAAUCAGCUGCAUUAGAUCCCAAACUUCGUAACCGAUUGACAAGAUUUCUUCAUCUUGGAAAUGAAGUCCCCAAAUAUUAUCCUGGUUGCUGGACAUCACAUAAGUAUUUUGAGGUUGAUAAAUUACAAGCAAUAAAUGAAGCAUUCGAAAAUGGAACAGAUAAUGUUGAAGUUGUCAAUAUUAUUCUACAGGCUUAUAAAGAUGGCUGGUAUACUCGUUUUGAAACUAUUGCGUUUGCUUUGACAAAGUGCCUGCUUCUUGGUACUCCUGUUGUCAAGGAAGCCACAUACAAGGCUGCUGCUGAAAUAUGCAAUACACCUGAGCAAAUGAUGCUUUUUAACAAAUUUACAAGACUUUUUCAAACAGGAAAUGGCAGAGGUUGGUGUAAAAAUGUAAGAGAAUGGUAUACUAAAAAGGACCCUAUGGAUCUUGCAAAAGAAAUGACAAGAGUGAGAUCACGACAUGGACGCUCACAUAAGACUCUUCUCCGUAAAUCUCAUGUGAAAAUUGCUGAAAAUGAUCACGCACGCGAUGCGGUAAUAAAAUAUGCACUUUUUGGUUUGAAACGUGCUAAGCAAUUACUAGACAAUACUGACGGUACCCAAGAAAUUUUUGACUACAUACAAAAGGUAGAAGAUUUACGUCAUUGUGAGGAUCCAGUGGCUGCUGCAACAAUGGCAGAAGACAAUGGCUUCACAAUUGACCAUGUACCGGGGCAUUUGCUUACUUCACAAGAGGUAUGGAAUGCAGUUCUGUCCCAAUUUUCCCUUGAAGAUCUGUUAAGCAACAUCCAACGCAUUCAUAACAUGGGCUUUUUAACCAGUGAUUCUACUACUACUGCUAUUUUGAUCUCACUGCUAAGCAAUGAUGAUUACAUCAAAAAGUCUAAAGUCACUCCUAUCGCUGUUUACAUUACUCUCUGCAAUUACCAAAAGAAAACAAGACCACUAAAACACGAAAAGGCAAAAGUGGCCCUUGAGAAGCAGCAACGCCGCCGUACGCGCCAGAUCUUUGAUAGCAAGACUGGUCUUUGGGAGUGGACUGUCACUAGAAGACAUCCGAAAGAAGUCAAGCACUGGGGUAUUGACCAACCGCCAAACCAAGCUGUAGUUGGCGCUUUGCACAAACUGAUUGACCACACAUGGUUGCUCACACCUCCAACAAACGUCCGUUACUUGAUCACCUUGGACAUGAGACACCAUAUGUUUAAAGGUCGUCACUUUUGUAAAAACUUUGCACUACCAAGAAAGGGCAAAAAAACAGCCACUAAGACGACCCCUGGUGGAGGCGGUGACGCCGAUACUGAAAAACAAGAAAGCAAAAGGCACUUGCUCGCUGAAUGUUUCUAUAAUAAGCAUGUUACUCCCGGUCAUGCAGCUAUAAUAUUGGCUCUACAGUUGCUUAAACGUGAGCAGAAUGCAAAAUUGGCUGUUUUUACUGAGACUGGUGUGGAGCUUGUAACCAUCGAGCGCAAUUUCAGUAGCAUCAGUGAGGCAGAAUUCAUACUGAGGAAAGCUAAUCUCGGUCGCGUACAAUUGGACGCGCCAAUCGAAUGGGCGCAAAAAAACAACCAGAUGUUUGACGUGUUCAUCAACAUGGUGGAUCGCACCACACGGUACAUGGAGCUGGAACUGAACGCGCGCGGGGGUCGCGGCCCCGGCGGUCGCUACGGACCUCCGCCUGCGCCGGGCAAGGAGCUGCCAGACCACUGCCCAGUCAGAGCUUUGCAGCGUUACAGACGAACUAACGUGGGCAAUGCCAAGUUGAUUGUGAUGUCCCUUGCAUCUCAUCGUGUGGCCACUACCGACGGCAGUCACGAAGGUGUUCUUGACAUCGUCGGAAUAGAUGAACACGUGCCCAAAGUCAUAGAUGCCUUUGCACUCGGACAGUUUGAAUGA